AUGUCGGGCAGAGCGUUUGACCUGAAAUUCAAGGACAAGAAGGUCGAACUUCAUGUUUACUAUCGUUUCAAGCGAAAAGUCUUUGAAUACCUGUCCUACGAUGAUGUCGACGCUGCAAUCUCACUGUCAAAGUUGUUCAGUUUUGUUGAAAAGACGGUUAGUGUUGUUGGUAAGCGGUUUUAUUUAUUUUAUCUGUAUGACUUUAGGUGCCGACAAUGUUUUGUACAAAUCUCUGGUUGUGUUCAAAGCUUUGGUUGAUUGUCAAGAUAAACCCAACUCUUUCGAACUGGAGUACCUCCGAGUUCACUUAUCCGAAAGUCUGAGCGAGAAGACAGCGGAAAGUUUGUGCAAAGGUGAGUUGCUUUAUUAUUAGUGUUUUCUUGGUUUAGAUGAUGAUUCAUGUCUUCAUUGCUCAGAAAUUGUUGCUAAAGGGCUUAACGAAGAUAUUUUGAGUGUGUCUCAGCACUUAGUUAAUAUAAGAGAUUUGUAAUGGCCUUUUUUACCUUGUUCAUGUCUAGUAUAAUAUAAUUCUUGCCGAAAGUAUCCUUUUUCCCAAUGUUUUCGCCUGAAAUUCUUAUACGACUUUUCUAUGGAUCAUUCUACAGCUGUGAGUGGAGUCAGAACCCUAGUUGGGAUCAAGCAUUUACACGAACAAGUCGCAAAUUUCUUCAAAGAAGCCCUCCUUGAUCCAGCAUGUCUAAUCGACCCACCGACUGUUUCCCUCACCAAAAAAUCUCAGCCAGACUUGGACCGUGAGAUCGGGAUGCUUCCCGGAGAAGGAAGUCGUAUUUUAAACGAAGCUUCACGACUUCUCGGGAUUUCAAUUUCGGCCGUUGGACAGAAGCCCGCAGACCCGAUAAAAUUCGAUCCGGAACAAGUUCAAUGGCGGAAUUCGAUGUUGGAAAAGAUCGAUUUCACCGAUGAGUUUGUUGAGGAGCCGCAAACAAAUGGUAAAAGCGAUGGGAUCAGUGCCGAAAAUCUGUAUGUUAUGUUGAUGGAGUAUGAUCAGCCAGACAUGCUGAUGCAGCGGCUUUCGAACCUGCUGAAUGGUCGACAAUCGGAUGAAGCGAUCCAGCAGGAGGUAAGUGGAUUUUUGAAUGAUUUUUUUGUUCGAUUUUUAGGUAAGAAUAUAAAAAAAUCAAAAUUUUGCAUGUGGAAGAUGGUCUUGUUUCAGCUGGUAGACCUUCUUGGAAUGGAAAAUUUUGAACUUCUCCAAACGAUUAUCGGAUCACGAAAGCAACUAGCCGAAGAGCUACCCGAUUUCUUGAUGAACAAAGUCAAAGAGCAAAGGAGGCAAGAGGCCGUAAGUGAUGUCAUGUGUAAUAUAAAUUUUGUCUCGAAAAUUAUCCUUUUGUCCAAAGUUGUCGACAACUGGAUGUUUUAUGGAAUCAACCCGUAAUUUGUCGUGUUUUAGGGCCCAUCCGAUCCCACCUCACGCUACGCGGGCAGUGUUACGAUCCGCACGAAAAAAGAGGCCCAGCUCCAAAAACAGAUGCGAAAAGAGGAGAAGAAGACGGAAAAGGAGUUCAAAAAGCUGGUCCUCACCAUGGGCCACGAGGACAAGAUGGCGCUGGAGUUGGCGCGCGCCGAACAACUGAAGCAACGGCAGCGCGAGCUGCAGGAUGCGAACGAUUUCCAGAGCAAGUUUGGCGGUCAGACCGUGCGCCGAAAACUCCCGUUUGUCUUUGACGCGUUCUCCUCGACCCCAAUGAAGGACGUGGAUUUGUUCGGCAGCAAAUACUCGUUGCCUGAAGGCACAACCCGUCGGAUUACCUCGAGACUUCAGGAAGUUACAGUACCUCCACAGGAACGGAGCCAAAAUAUGGAUGUGCACCCAAUUAUGGUCAAUAAUUUGGAUCCGGUAGGCAAAAAGUUGUCCGAAAAUGGACGAAUUAUGAUCUGAAUUUAAUUUCGAACACGUUUGCAGCUCGGUCAACUCGCCUUUCAAGGAUUUGAGAAGCUAAAUACGAUCCAAUCGAUUGUCUUCGAGCAGGCCUACAACACCAAGGAGAAUUUGCUGAUCUGCGCCCCAACUGGCGCCGGUAAAACCAACGUGGCGUUGCUGUCGAUUCUAAAGACCAUUCGCGACCAUUGCGACGAGCACGGACGAAUUCUGAAGGACACUUUCAAGAUCAUCUACAUUGCGCCGAUGAAGGCGCUGGCCGCCGAAAUGACAAACAAUUUCUCGAAACGAUUGCGCAAACUAGGCCUCACGGUCCGAGAAUUGACUGGAGACACUCAGCUGAGCAGAAAAGAGAUCAAUGAAACCCAGGUGAGCCGAAAAUUAUAUUGUAGUAGGUGGAUCAGAAAAAUUUUUUCAAUUUUUUGGCAUAUUGUUGUAGAUGCUGGUCCUAACCCCCGAGAAAUGGGAUGUGGUGACGAGAAAGGCGGAUGAUGAAGCCCUCUCGCAGCUGGUUCGACUUUUAAUCAUCGAUGAAGUCCAUCUUCUCCAUGACGAAAGAGGUCCCGUAAUCGAAACAAUUGUCGCCAGAGCUCUUCGACAGGUGUGCAAAAAUAUUUUUUGUGAUGUGAUUGUUGGAUUUUAGGCCGAAAUUUCCCAACAGUCCGUGAGAAUUGUGGGUUUAUCCGCGACUUUACCCAAUUACUUGGAUGUGGCCACUUUUCUGCGAGUGGACCCGGAAAAAGGCCUUUUCUUCUUUGAUGGACGCUUCAGACCGGUUCCAUUGACUCAAACGUAGGUUGUGGAAACAAAAGAGUUCUUGAAAAUACCUAUAGCGGAGGUUGAAAUAGAAAAAUGGCUGAUUAAUGAGCAGUUUUACCAGGUUUGACCUACUUUUUGCCUAAAAUAAUGUUUUUUAUGUCGAAAAUCACUUCUAGGCAAUGAAUUUUGCAUUGGUAUUGGAUUUAUUCGAUAGAUAAUGGAUUAAUCUUCCGUUUGCAUUCCAGAUUUGUGGGAGUAUCUGACCCGAAUUCCGGUGACAUCAAAAAAGCCAUGGACGAGGCUUGCUAUGACAAAUGCAUCGACUACUUGUCCGAAAAUCAUCAGAUCCUCGUGUUUGUACAUUCGAGAAACGCCACAGCCCAAGUAGCCAACUUUUUGAUCGAACAGGCCGGACAUAAUGUGAGUUUAAAAUAUUAUUUUAUCCCAUAUUAUACUGGAUACCUAGUACAAUAUAAUUUGGUGUGAAUUUUAGCAAGAACGAUCGCUCUUUGAAUCGGAACACGUUGGGAAACCGAUCUACGCGCAGGCUUGCAAAAGGGUAAGCGAUUUUUUGUGGGAAUCUUGAGAGAAGUCGGAUUUUUUUGAGGGAAAUUUUGGUAAGGGGGGACCAAGGUGAAAUAUAAUAAAAAAAAAAAAAAUUUUUUGAUAAUUUUUUUUUCUGGUGGAAAUAGUGUUUGAAUAGACUUGAAAUGCUCUAAAAUUGAUGUUUGCAGAUGAAGAACGCCACCUCCAAGGAGCUUCGCUUCUUUUUCGAGUACGGAAUCGGGCUGCAUCACGCGGGUCUGAAGCGGCAGGACCGCAAUCUGAUGGAACAAAUGUUCGCCGAAGGCCACAUCAAGGUCCUGUGCUGCACGGCGACCCUGGCGUGGGGCGUGAACCUGCCCGCGCACGCGGUCAUCAUCCGCGGCACCGACGUCUUCGACCCCAACAAGGGCACGUUCACGGACCUGGGCAUCCUGGACGUGCAGCAAAUCUUCGGGCGCGCCGGCCGCCCCCAGUUCGAAUCCUCCGGCCACGGCGUGAUCAUCACCAAAAUGGCCAAGCUGGACAAGUACCUGGGCAUGCUGAUCCGCAAGACGCCGAUCGAGUCCAAGUUCCAGGAGAAGAUCCACGACAACCUGAACGCCGAAGUCGCCCGAGGCACCGUCACCAACCUCGCAGAAGCGGUGGAAUGGCUGCGCUACACCUACUUUUAUGUCCGCGCCCGCCUCAACCCCAUCGCAUAUGGGAUCGAUUAUCGGGAAAUGCGCGAGAACCCCGACCUCCAGGCCUAUCUGGAGGAUUUGGCGUAUGCGGCCGCGCAACGCCUCGACUCAAACCAAAUGAUACGAUUUGAUGCGGGGUAAGGAGGUGGAGACGGGAAGGAGCACGUCAAUCCAGCGCAUUUCCUGAACCAUUUCGAAACUUUGUAUCGUUUUCAUUGAUUUAAAAGAGAGACGAAAUGUCGCGAAAUUAUCGGCACCUUUUCUCGCCCGAAAUAAUUGCUUUUUCUCGAAAAGGAAGAAGAAAGAUAAGAAAAUGGACUUUAUCGGAUAGUGACAUUUCGUUUUGAACGAAUCGCCAAAAAGGGGCGGGAAAUUUUUUCUUCUAUUUUGGAUUGACGUCAGGAGGGACGGUUUGAGGGUGUGAUGAGGGGAUAUUUUUGAGGAUUUUGAGGAAAAAGGUCAAGUGGAAGGUCCGAAGAUUUUUUUUUGGGAUUUUUUGGAGUUUAGAUGUUUCUGAAAUUUGCUGGAAGUUUAGAACAGUUUUUGAAGGCAUAUGGGAGAUUUUUAGCUUGCGCUUUGCUAGAAUAAUAAAGAUUUUUUGUUUCAGAAUUUUGAAAAAUUUUAUAAUUUUUCGUUUUUUUUUGGCUCAGAAAAAUCUGUGUUUAUUACAGAUAGAGAGUACAAUAUUUUCACAAAAAACAAAUUUGUUCCGACUGAAAUUCACGAAGAUAUAGAGGAAAACACGUUUUUUGUCUGGCCGCUCUCCUCAUUUCCCGUUCUCUCUCGCCGGAAAGAUUGUGUAAUAUCUCGGCUGCGAAUGCAAAGCAAUAGCUAAUAUUUUCAGGGAUGGAUUUGGGGAUCAUCUAAAGAAUAUGUGCUAAAUUUGGGGGAAAUUGAAGGAAAAAAUUUUAGGGUGUAGUAGAGGUCAAGUAUAAGGUCGAAAGUCUCACUUUUCGAUAUUUUUUGGCUGAAUUCGGAGGUUUUCUCGUGUCUAGAUGAUGUGUAAGAGAGUGUAAUCGAAUAAUUUCAGCAAUGGCUACUUGAAUUCGACGGAUUUGGGACGAAUUGCGUCACUUUUUUACAUUACAAUUGAGUCGAUCGAGACCUUCACGAAUGGACAUGAAGCUAUCAAAUUGACCCCGAACAUGACUGAUGAUCAUAUUUUGGCCCUAAUCUGCUCUUCCUCGGAAUUCACACAAAUUCAGGUGAUUUUUUUUUUGGAUUUUUCAAAAAUUUUUGGAGGUGAUAUUGAUCUAGAUGAUUUUUUCGAUUUUUUUUUGUGAUUUUGAUUUUAUUUUUGGAAUUUCAGUGUCGCGAAACCGAAAUGGCCGACCUGGACAUGCUCAUGUCGGGUUGCAUGCUCCCCCUGAGAGGCGGUGGACUGGCUACGUCGCAAGGAAAAGUCAAUUGUCUACUUCAAGUAGGCGGUUUUCGAUUUUGAAAGCGAAAAGUUGAAUUUAAUUAAUUAAGAUUUUUCACAGCUCAAAAAAAAUUUUUUUAUAAGGAAAGUACUUUUAUGGGGUGUGGAGUUAUAGGUCGAAACAUAUGUCAAAAAAUCGCGAAAUUUUUCUGAUCCAGAAUAUGUAAAAAUUAGCUGCCCAGUUUUGGUUUGUAACGGCGAAAAAAUCCACGGGACUUUUCUCUGCAACACCACGCAAAUGCUUUUUUGACCAAGUUUUUACCAAUUCAAAAGCUUUGUUUUGAGCUAAAGUAAACCCUGGAACCUUUACAAAUCUUAAAAUAUCAGAUUCGAUUAAUACUAGGUGUAGUACUAAUCAAAUUUGAUACUUUAAGACUUGUCAAGAUGCCAGGCUUUACUUUACAGUGGGGGACUUGAUCCAGUGGCAAAAAACGUACCAUUUUGCAUCCGGGAAGUAUUAAAAAAUGUGACAAAAUUCCUCCCUCUCCAGCUAAAAAAACUUCGUUUUGAAGGGCCCUCAUAAAAAGAGCGGGCGCGCUUCUGAAAUCUGAGUUUUUUUUCACUUGGAGAGGGAGGUAUUUUGCCACAUUUUUUAAUACUUCCUUGAUUCAAAAUGGUACGUUUUCUGCCACUGAAUCAGGUCCCCCACUGUAAAGUAAAGUCUGGCAUCAUGACAAAUCUUAAAGUAUCAAACUUGAUUAGUACUACACCUAGUAUUAAUCGAAUCUGAUAUUUUAAGGCUUGUCAAGAUGCCAGGGUUUGCUUUAGCCCAAAACAAAGCUUUUGAAUUGGUAAAAACUUGGUCAAAAAGGCAUGGUGGUGUUGCGAGAAAAGUUCUGAGGGGUUUUUCGCCCUUACAAACCAAAAUUGGGCAGCUAAUUUUUCAUAUUCUGAAUCAGGAAAGUUUUGCGAUUUUUUUUAUAUAUGUCUCGACCUGUAACUCCAUACCCCAUAAAAGUACUUUCCUUUGAAAAAAUUUUUAUUAAGCUUUGAAAAAUCUUAAUUUUUAAUUUAAAAUUAUUAAUUUUUUUUAAAGUUUUCACUUUGGUUUUUUACGAUUUUUCUCUCAGAAUUACAUCUCCCGCGCCGAGCCGACCAGCUUCACGCUGCAAACGGAGAUGUUCUACAUCUCGCAAAACGCCUCCCGCGUGGCCCGCGCCCUGUUCGAGAUCACGUUGCGCAAGAAUUGGGCCUUCACCGCCGUCCAAUGCCUCGAAUUCUCGAAAUACAUCAACCGCCGCCUCUGGAACUUCAACAGCCCGUUGCGCCAGGUGGUCGACGUGGGACUGCUGAAGGACGUGGUGGUCCGAAAAAUCGAAGCCAAACAAAACCUCGGCUUCCUGGACCUCCUGGAUUACGACGAGAAGGAGCUGGGCGCGCAGUUCAAUUGUGACGGACGGAUCUUGUACGACUGCUUGAGGUACAUCCCGUCCUUGGAUGUGGAAGCAACCAUCAAACCAAUCACCCCGUAGGUUUUGAAGUGGAGUUUUUGGACAGAGAAGGGUCGUAUUUGCCUGGAACUUUUGGGCAAAAUAGGGGUUUUGGGAUGUGUUGGGGGUUUUUUUGGGCAAGAUGGAAAUUUUUGGGCAAUGUGGAGAAUUUUUUGGGCAAAGUGAGGUUUUUGGGAAAAAUUAGGAUUUUUUGGACAGAAUGGGAACUUUGGGCAAGCUGGAAUUUUUUGCGUGAAAUGAUUUUUUUUUUGGGCAAGAUUGGAUUUUUUGGACAGGAUAGAUUUUUUUGGGCAAGAUUGAAUUUUUUUGGCAAGAUGGAAUUUUUUGCGCGAAAUGGGAUUUUUUGGGCAAGAUUAGGAUUUUUUUGGACAGAAUGGGAAUUUUGGGCAAGAUGAAAAAUUUUGGGCGAGAUUGAGUGUUCUGGGCAAGAUGGAAAUUUUUGGGCAAGAUUGAAUUUUUUGGGCGAAAAGGGAAUUUUGGGCAAGAUGGAAAUUUAUUGGUAAAUUAGGAUUUUUUUUGUGCUGGUUGGAACUUUUUGGUCAAAUUGGUAGGGUAAAGAAAACUUUAUUUUGCCCCUAAUUUUGAGAAAAAUCAUGUUUUGGAAGGAUAUGAAUUUUUUGGGCAACUUGAUAUUUUUGCGGAGUAAAUCUGAGGUUUUGAUGGAAAACUUCAAUGGUUUUUCAAAAAUUUAAAAAAAGUUAUUGGAUUCCAGAACGAUCGUUCGAGUCGACGCAAUCAUCUGGCCAGAAUUCACGUGGUGCGACCGACUUCUUGGCCAUGGCGGAGCCGAAAGAUUUUGGCUGAUCAUCGAGGAUUGCGAUGAAAAUUUUAUUUUGCAUCAUGAAAUGCUCAUGUUCAAUAAAAAACAGGUUGGUUUUCAAAAAAUAUUUCAAAUUGAAAAAAAUUUUUUUUUGAUUUUUUUAUUUUUAAUUUUUUUUAUUUUAUUUUAUUUUAUUUUAUUUUUUAUUUUUUAUAACUUUUUAGAUCAUAACCAAAGCCGAGCAACAUCUAAACAUCACCGUCCCCAUCGAAGACCACCAAAUCCACCAUCAUUUCAAAAUGCGUCUGAUCAGCGACUCCUGGGUGGUCGAAGAGACCAAUCUGACCCUCUCCCUGAACCAGUUCGUCCUCCCCGAGAACAUCAAAUCCCACACCGACCUCCUACCCCUCGACCCACUGCCUUUGACGGCGCUGAAGAACCGCGAGUUCGAGAAAUUGUACCCAUUUGAGUACUUCAACCCCGUCCAAACUCAAGUCUUCUUCGCCUUGUACAACACCUGGGACAAUGUCCUGCUCGGAGCCCCCACCUCGUCGGGAAAAACGCUUUGCGCGGAGCUGGCCAUAUUCAGAGUGCUGCAACAUCGACCCGAGAAAAAAGUGGGAUUUUUUAUAAAAUUUUUUUUUGAUUUUUUUGAAUUUUUUGAGGUUGAAUUGUUUUAGAUAUAAUUUUUAAUCGAAACAAAAAUUUUUGGCUUCCUACCUAAAAUUUUUCACCCAAAAAUUUUUGAAUUUUGAUAAUUUAGUACCUAAAAUAAUGUUUUCAGUGCGUCUACAUCGCCCCAUUGAAAGCGCUGGUCCGAGAGCGGGUUCUGGAUUGGACAGAGAAGUUCAAAAAGCAAUUGGGAGUUAAGUAAGGCGGAUUCUUUUUCUCUGACUGCUCUCCUAAGUUUCUGUAGUGUCUCAGGGAAAAAGAUUGGUGAAUAUCUCGGCCAGUUUACAAAGUAUAGGCUGGAAAUUUUAGGGCUUUAUUUGAAUUUUAUUUCUGAUGUUAUAACGAAUUUGAAAAUUUUGUGUGGCGACAUUUUAUACGAUCAAACAUGUUUCGUCGUAUAACAUGUCCCACUGCGGAAAACAUCUCUAAUGGCGCGAAAAAAGUCUAGUUUUGAUUUGUAUUGUGUUUUCGUGAAGUUUGAAUAGCUGUUUUGAAGUUUUUUUUACUUUUUUUAACUGUUGUUACCUAAAAUAAUAUAAUUUUUUAGUAUUGUGGAAGUUUCCGGCGACACCACGCCGCAGCCGGACGAACUCAAGUCCGCCCAACUGCUGAUCACAACCCCCGAGAAGUGGGACGGCAUCACCAGAAGCUACGACACCCGGCAAUACGUCCAAGAUGUGACCCUUGUGGUGAUCGACGAAAUCCACUUGUUGGGCGUGGAAAGAGGCGCCGUCCUCGAAGCCAUUGUCACCAGGUUGAAGUCAAUUUCGAAGCGAAAGAACAGAGAAAACCCGGUUCGUAUUGUCGGCCUGUCGACGGCACUGGCGAACGCCUUCGACAUCGCUGAUUGGCUGGGCGUCCCGGAGGUAAAAAUUGAUUUUUUUAGGGGAAAGAAGAGGUUUUGGAAGGAGAAAAAGAAGAAUAGAUUAGGGAAAGGUCUGAAAUUUGAUUUUAAGAAAGAAAAUUUUUUUAAUUUCCUUGAAAUUUUGGGCAAAUUGGGAAUUUUGGGAAAGAUGAUUUUUUAAUAGAAAAGAAAAAUGUUUGGUGUUGAGAAAGGAAGAAUAAAUUACAGAAUGGUCUGAAAUUUGAUUUUACGAAAGAAAUUUUUUUUAAUUUGCUUGAAAUUUUGAGCAAAUUGGGAAUUUUGGGAAAGUUGAUUUUUUAAUAAAACAGAAAAACUUUUGGUGGGGAAAAAGAAGAAUAGAUUAAAAAAUGGUAUGAAAUUUGAUUUUAAGAAACAAAAUAUUUCGGUCUGCCCGAAAUUUUGGACAAAUUGGGGAUUUUGGGAAAGUUUUUUUUAGAAGCAUGAAGAUUGCCCCUCAUUUUGUUCACUCGUUCCUUUUAACAGUCUAAAAAUAUUGUUUUCCCUUAAAAAUUUUGAAUUUGCUCAAAAAUUCCAAUUUGCCCAAAAUUCCCAAUUUGCCCGAAAUUUUGGGCAAAUUGAUUUUUUUGGCCUUAAAAUUAAAAUUUGAGUUUUUUCUCCCCUCAGUUUUUAGUUCUCAUUGAUUUUCCGACACAACUUUAUGUUAUCCAUGCCAUUUCCAGAGCGGUUUGUUCAAUUUCCGCCCGUCGGUGCGACCGGUCCCCAUCCAGGUCCACAUCCAAGGCUUCCCCGGCCAACACUACUGUCCCCGCAUGGCACUGAUGAACAAGCCCGCCUUCCAGGCCAUCAAACAGUUCAGUCCGGCGAAGCCGACCCUCCUGUUCGUCGCGUCGCGCCGCCAAACCCGCCUCACCGCCAUGGCCUUUGUCUCCAUGCUCGCGCUGGAAGCCGAUCCCCGCCAGUGGCUAAAAAUGGACCAGACCGAACUCCACGAAAUUGUUUCAACUUUGAGGGACGAAAACUUGAAAUUGACGUUGCCGUUUGGCAUCGGAAUGCAUCAUGCCGGCCUGCAGAGCUAUGAACGCUCGAUUGUAGAGAGAUUGUUUGUUGAGCGAAAAAUUCAGGCAAGAAUUUUCCGCUAUAGGACAGUUUUAGGGUGAAAAAGGCUAAAAAAAUGCAAAAAAUCUCAAAAAAUUUGCGAUUUUUGACUUAAAAGUGGAGAAAAAUGUAAUGUAAAGCUGGAAUUUCACCGAAACUUGUCUCAAAUUUAAAAUCAAACUUUUUGUGACACCUUUUUUUGAGGUUGGAAGGAAAAAUUGCGAUUGUUUGAAGGAAAUUUUUUGGAAAUUUUGAAAAAAUUGCGAAGAAUCCCCGAAAAAAUUGUGAAAUAUCGAUAAAGAGAAGGUGUAUGUAAAAAGCAAAGGGUAAAAAUGAAUUUGAAAGCCUUUUAAGGAAGUUUUUCGGCUGAAAAUUGCGAAAAAAUACAAUGUGAAGAUAGAAUUUCACUGAAAUCUGUCACAAAUUUAAAAUCAAACUUUCUGAGACAUUUUUGAAAUUUUUGGCUUGUGGUUUGCAAAAACAACCGAGGUUUUUAGGUCGAAAGUUGGUAAAAAGUAUAUUUUUUUGCAAUUUGAAGUAUAAAUUGUAAAAAAAAAUAUUUUUUCACCAACUUUCGACCAAGAAAACCCCGGUUGUUUUUGCAAAGCACAAGCCAAAAAUUUCAAAAAUGUCUCAGAAAGUUUGGUUUUAAAUUUGGGGCAAGUUUCGGUGAAAUUCUAUCUUCAAAUUGCAUUUUUGCUAAUUUUCAGCCGAAAAACUUCCUUAAAGAGCUUUCAAAUUUAUUUUAACCCGUUGUUUUUUACAUACACCUUCUCUUUACCGAUAUUUUACAAUUUUUUCGGGAUUUUCCGCAAAUUUUUUUGAAAAUUUCCAAAAAUUUCCCCCAAAAAAAUCGCUAUUUUUCCUCACAACCUCAAAAAAGGUGUCACAAAAAGUUUGAUUUUGAGUUUGAGACAAGUUUCGGUGAAAUUCCGGCUUUACAUUACACUUUUUUUCCAUUUUGAAGUCAAAAAUCGCAAAUUUUUUGAGAUUUUUUGCGUUUUUUUAGCCUUUUUCACCCUAAAACUGUCUUUCAACCGCCGUUCCAGGUGCUCAUCGCCACCGCCACGCUUGCCUGGGGCAUCAAUUGCCCCGCGCAUCUGGUGAUCGUGAAGGGAACCGAGUUCUACGACGGCAAAACCCACAAAUACGUGGACUUCCCGGUGACGGACGUCCUGCAAAUGAUCGGACGCGCCGGCCGCCCCCAGUUCGACGACUCUGCGGUGGCGGUGGUCUAUGUGCAGGACACGAAGAAGAAGUUUUACAAACGCUUCCUGUACGAGCCCUUCCCGGUGGAGUCGGCCCUGCUGCCGGCCCUCGAAAACCACGUGAAUGCGGAGGUGUCGGCGGCGCAAAUCGAGUCCAAACAACAAAUGGUUGAUUAUUUGGCGGGCACUUAUUUGUACAGACGCAUUUUCGCCAACCCUGCGUAUUAUGGAAUCGACGAUUUCAACGACAAAACUCUGAUCCGAUUCUUGACGAAAAUCGUCGAUGAAACCAUCGAUGAACUCAUUGAGUCAAGGUGUGUGGAGUAUGAUAAAGACGAACAGAGACUCAGCUCAACACCCUUUGGACGACUCGCCAGCAAGUACUAUCUGGAACACACCACCAUCAGACAUUUGGCCGAGAAUUUACGGCCCAAAAUGGGGAUUGACGAAAUUUUGAGGGUUUUAACGGUGAGUAGAGCGGUUUUUUCAGGAAGUGGGAGUCGAUAAAGGCAGACUCGUCAAGUUUUUCCCGGAAAAAAUCAAUUUGCCCAAAAAUACAAUUUUCCCAAAAUUUUGGGCAAAUUGAUUUUUUUCGGUGUAAAAAUGCGAAUUUUUGCAUUUUCGUAAAAGAAUUUUACCUUUUUUACAGUGAAAAAUUACUUUUUUCGCGGAAAAAAUCAAUUUGCCCAAAAAUUCCAUUUUGCCCAAAAUUUUGGGCAAAUUGAUUUUUUUGUGGAAAAAUCCGAAUUUUCACCUUUUUUUACUGAUAAAAGUAAUUUUUCCCUAAAAAUGAACUUGUCCAAAAAUUCCGUUUUGCCCAAAAUCUUGGCUAAAUAGAUUUUUUUUGUGUAGAAACCCGAACUUUCCUUUCAUUUUCUUGUAAAAACCAUUUUUUCACAAAAGAAAUCAAUUUGCCCAGAAAUUCCAUUUUGCCCAAAAUUUCGGGCAAAUUGAUUUUUUCGGUGUGAAAAUCAGAAUUUUCCGUUUUUUACCGAUAAAAAUAAUCUUUCAAAAAAAAAUCAAUUUGCCCAAAAUUUCGGGCAAAUUGAUUUUUUCGGUGUAGAAACCCGAAUUUUCACCUGUUUUGCCGAUAAAAAUUACUUUUUCCUCUAUAAAAAUCAAUUUGCCCAAAAAUUCCAACUUGUCCAAAAUUUUGGUCAAGUUGAUUUUUUUCGCGUAAAAAGUUCAAAUUUUCCCUUUUCUUAAUAAUUUUUGCCCCAAAAAAUCUCAUUUUUCAUGUAUUCGAAUGCUGUAUUUCCCGGUUUCAGGACUGUCCCGAAUACGCCGAGAUCCCCUGCCGACACAACGAGGACCUGAUCAACCAGGACCUGAACAAGGUCAUCCCAUUCCCACUGCCCAAACAUGCGGACUUUGAGUCCUCGCAUUCCAAAACAAUGAUCCUCUAUCAGACCCACUUUUCGCGCAUCCAAAUCCCCGUCGACUACUUGACCGACCAGCGGAGUGUGAUCGAAAGCUGUGUGCGCAUUUUCCAGGCAAUCCUCGACUUUUCCGCCAUCAAGGGAUGGCUCGACUUGACGCUCUCGACGAUCAUCUUGCUUCAGCAGGUCGUCCAGGCCCGAUGGUUCGAUGAUCACCCACUCACCUGCCUCCCACAUGUCUCACACGCCAUUGCAAAGGCUCUAGGAGCGGAGUUGACCAUCCCCAAGUUACAGGACGAGCUGGGAAUCAGGAAAUUGAAGUGGGUUUUGGGAUUUUUUGAGGUUUGCUGGGAAAAGAGGAUGUUUUUUUGAGGGGUUUGGUUGACUUUAGAGAUGAAAAUGCCUUCGAAAUUACGUAGAAGGGUGCUAUGAACGUCAAGAAAACAUUUUCAUAUCCGGCGACGUUUUAUACGAUGGAACAUGUUUCAUCGUAUAACAUGUCCCCAAUACACAAUUUUUUAAUAAUGAAGGUUUUUCAUGACUUUCAAGCUUUACACUUCGAUUUUUCUGUAAAAAAGAAGUUCUGCGAAAAAUUGGAGACAUUUUAUACGAUCAAACAUGUUUCAUCGUAUGACAUGUCUCUGAACACAAUUUUUGCACAAGAAAUUUUUGUGAUCGGUUUUAACAACAGACCAAGGCUGCAUUAUCAACCAUCAGGUUUAGAGGACAUGUUAUACGAUGAAACAUGUUUUGUCGUAUAAUAUGUCUCUGCCCCAUUUUUUGCUGAAUUUUAAUCCUCCCCGUUUUCAGAGGCCCGCCAACGGAAAAACAGCGCUCCGACGUCUACAACAAAAUGAAAAAACGGCUGCCAUUGAAUGAAUUCGAAACAAAACAGAUCACCGAAGCUUUAUUUUCAUGGCCCACCAUCCGACUGGUCGAUUUGAAGUUCCAAAAAGGCCUUUUACAGUGCCCGUUGGACCCAUUCCAGCGAUUUAAGAAGCAAAACCCCCCAAUUCCCCUCGAAUUUGGCCAAGAAUUCCGGUUAAAAGUCAGCCUGCAGAUCACAGGCCCUGCGGCGGUGAGUUAAAAAAUUUUUUUAUAUGGCAAAAUGAGGCUUCAAAUUUGCUCUGAGAUGAUUUUUGGGGUAUUUCAGAGCCAAAAAUCGGCAUUCGCACCCAAAUUUCCAAAGGAAAAAUCGCCCGGACUAAUUGUAAUUUUGGGCGAAAAAGAGAAAAAUACAGUGUUGGCCUGUCGAAAAACCGGACUCAUUUUGGGCAACAGACCUCAUCACGUCUUCCUCAACUUUUUCGCACCGGAUGUCAGGUAAGAAACCGGGUUUUUGGAGGCUUUUUGAUACUUUUUGGCACUUUUUUGUAAAUUUUUUUGAUUUUUUUUUAAAUUAAGGGAAAUUUGGAGGGAAUUAUUGUUUUAAAUGGUGUAUAAUGCCUGUGAGAUUUGUUGUGGCACUGGGUUUUAAAAAAUUUUUGCAAAAAAAAAAAUUUUUUUUUUUGAUAUUUGUUGCAAUUUUUUGUUUAUUUUUCAUUUUUUUGGAGUUUUGAGGGCCCAAAAAUGAAUUUAAUUUAAUUUUUAUAAAUUUCCAGAGGCCCUCUCACCUUGACUUUGUUCAUUAUGUCCGAUUCCUACCUGGGAAUCGAUCAGGAAUACGAUUUGUUCUGUGAUGUAGAAUAA